CGUCACAGAGCGUCGACAGCUACCAACACACGUAUUUUAUCUGAGACCCUUACCUACUACUGAACAACUUUGCACGAAGGAGUGUUAUUUUUUGACAUUUUCCCAUCGACAGAGACUGAUUUUCGUACUUUGCGCUAGUCUACUACCAACAGAAAACCAUGAAGACCUUCGUUUUCAACGUGAUUAUUUUGUCAGUGUUGUCCACUUAUGGCGUUGAUGGACAAUGCUACAACUGUACUCUCAUCAGCAUGGGUUCCAUGAACACAGGAGCAGAAGGUUGUGGGAAUCCGUUCGACAGCAGUGGGAUCCAGACUAUACCGUGUGCAGGGCCUUGCGUAACAAUCUAUUCCGAAAGCGAGGGAGACGAGAUCGUGCCUGCAGUAACUUCAACGCUUCGAACUUGUCACAACGAAUAUUAUGGAGGUUUACCCUGUACGGACGUGACAAACUUCGAACUGUCGGGUGUGACACUCAGUCAGACCUGCUGCAGUGGUGCUCUGUGUAAUGAUAACGAGUUCGGUAGCCAUCCAAAUGAAGUGGGUGAAGUGGAAGGUGUAGAUGACACUUAUGGCGUUGAUGGACAAUGCUACAACUGUACUCUCAUCAGCAUGGGUUACAUGAACAUAGGAGAAGAAGGUUGUGGGAAUCCGUUCGACAGCAGUGGGAUCCAGACUAUACCGUGUGCAGGGCCUUGCGUAACAAUCUAUUCGCAAAGCGAGGGGAACGAGGACGUGCCUCCGGUAACUUCAACGUUUCGUAGUUGUUACGACGACCACUUUGGAGGUUUACCCUGUACGGACGUGACGGAUCUCGAACUUUCGGGCGCGACAUUUAGUCAGACCUGCUGCAGUGGUGCUCUGUGUAAUGAUAACGAGUUCGGUAGCCAUCCAAAUGAAGUGGGUGAAGUGGAAGGUGUAGAUGGUGAAAUGUGUGGCAAUAAUAUCGCAUUUUAGUAUGCGUUAUGUUUGGCCGUUAGAUAGAGAGACCUAGAGUCAAUUUCAUGACACAUGAUGGCGCUUCGUAUAGAAAAGGGUCAAAUUUACAAUCUUUCAUUUCCAUGGCAAAGACAGGUAUGCAGUCGAUGAAAGUCAGGUGAUGUUCACCGUUAAAGACGUGGCUUUGUGAUGCGUUGUCUGUGCGUGGCAUUGGGCUCUGGCUGUCUCUCAUGCUAUUCAGAUAGGCGUGAAGUUAUACGCUAUUUCUUCAGUUUAAAUCCUUCAUUCAGCGAUAGUAAAAAUAAGGCAAUGCAUGUAAAGUGUAGAUAUGCAUGUACUGUUUAUUGCUACUUUUCAGUGGAUUGUACUAUAGAUUCUGGUCGAUGGACGAGGAUUACCAAACAAAAAAUGAAACAUUGAAAUGACUCUUCAAAUCAAAAAUCAAACAAUUCGGAUUUCAUUGCACAGCCACGUUUCAGCAGUGGACUGGCAAUUUCGAUAAAAAUACAAAUUUGUAAUGACGUGUCAUAAUUGUUAGCCGGUGUUCAUACAUAAAUAACAUCCGUAAAAAGGAAAAUUGUUAUCUGCAAUGAAACUGACAUAAAAUUAAACAUGACAAUGUUCGGCUGGUUAAUUACUUCGCCACGCACAGUGUAUAUGAAUGAGUCGUUUUGUCCUUUUCGAAGGUACAAUGUUAAUGGUCCUUGUGCACUAUCACUUAAUCAACCAUUUUGGCUCCAACAAAUGAGACACUCGUCUCCACUGAUUUUUUCUUUAAACAGGUUGGCCUCCUGACACUGUAAUGCCCUCUCUUGUGUCUUCGAUACUAUACCUGAGCUUUUAAUAAUAAUUCGUUUCGAUUUGCAUAAAUAAUUCUUGAUAACUACUCCGAAAAUAUUACAAUAUAUCAAACUGAUGUACGUCUUCUCUAGUGCUCAAUAAUCGAUUAUUAUUAGAAAGUGUACCUUGUGUGCCAAACAGUUUGCCUGAAUAAAAGAAAUGAAAAUGCAUAA